AUGGCAGGACCCGUGCGACAACCAAUCGACACCAAAAACCUUGACAAGUACAUCCGGGAACAUGUCCCUGAGAUCGCGACCCCGCUGGACGUGAAGCAGUUCGGCUUCGGUCAAUCAAACCCUACAUACCUACUCACCUCCCACCCGCGUCCAGCAGAGUCAGGGUCAGGACAAGGGAAGCGCUACGUCCUGCGGAAGAAACCACCCGGCAAGCUUCUCUCCAAAACAGCACACCAGGUCGAGCGCGAGUACCGCAUCCUGCAUGCACUCCGAGAUACAGACGUCCCCGUUCCACGAGUGCACGUCCUCUGCGAAGACGAAGCCGUGAUCGGGACAGCGUUCUAUAUCAUGGAGUUCCUAGAUGGGCGCGUCUUUACGGAUCCUGGGAUGCCGGGCGUUAGUCCGGGGGAGAGGAAUGAGAUGUGGCGCUCCGCAAUCCACACCCUCUCAACCCUGCACAACAUCCCCUACACCUCUGCAUCCCUAAACCUCAGCUCCUUCGGCAAACACUCCGGCUUCUACAACCGCCAAAUUCGAACAUUCACCUCUUUAGCCCGCCACCAAGCCCUAACGAGGGAUGCGGAGACAGGAAUCCCCAUCGGACCACUCCCGCACCUCGACGAGCUGAGCUCUUUCUUCGCCAAUAAAAGCAGCAGCAGCAGCAACAGUACCACUACCAAGAAAGAUAGUAAAAGUAAAAAGUACAGCCAGCCAAAAGACAAAACAACACUCGUGCACGGGGACUUCAAAAUCGACAACCUGAUCUUCCACAAAACCCGCCCGCGCGUCAUCGGCGUCCUAGACUGGGAAAUGGCGACGCUGGGCCACCCGCUCUCAGACGUCGUGAGUCUCUUUGCGCCCUUUCUCCCGCAUACCUGGGGCGUUGAUGGGGCGGAGUCGAGUCUGAAUCUGGGAAGUCCGUCUUUACCACCACCGACCGACAACCCCGAAGAACAAAGACAGGGGCUGCCAACAUUAGAUGAAUGUAUAUCCCUGUACGCGGCAGGAUCCGGGUAUGAUGUGCGCCCCGAUUUAGCAUGGGGACGGGCGUUUGCCGGGUUUCGGGGGGCGGUUAUCAUGCAGGGUAUUGCGGCGCGGUAUGCGCUGAGACAGGCGAGUAGUGCGUCGGCCAGGGAGUUUGGGGCGAUGGCUUGGCCGACGGCGGAGAAUGUUUGGGGGCUUGUGAGGGAAAUGCAGGGGAUGGAAGCAGAUGCGAGGAAAGGGAAGUUGUGA